UGACAGCACAGCUGGAUCUUGUGAUGGACGGGAAGUCUGUUGCCGGUGCGGAUACAAGAGCCAGCCUGUAGAUGACAAAUUGAGGCUCAGCUAUCCGUUGCUUAUAAACGGCCAUGGGGUUCCCAGCUUUACCCAUUGACCGUCCAAUAGCAGUCAUCGUGCACAAUGCGAAACGCUCCAAGCAAACCCAUUACAGACCGUGUCUACUCCAAUGGCCUCUUCCACGGCCUUCCCGUCCUCGACGCAAUUAAAGGCCAAUCCGCCAUCGUAGCCGGCGCGAACGGGAUCAGCGGCGUCCACAUGCUCCGCAUCCUCUCCAAAGCCCCCGAACGCUGGUCGGAGAUUCACUCUUUGUCGAGGAGGCCGUUGCAGGAGAAUUUUGGUGAGAAUGUGAAGCAUACUGCUGUCGAUUUUUUGGAUACUAGCCCGGAGGAGAUUGCGGAGAAGUUGAAGGAGGGGAAUGUGAAAGGUGACUACGUGUUUUUCUUUGCCUAUGUUCAACCGCGCGAGGAAGGACAAGGACUAUGGUCCAUGGCUGAGAAGAUGUGUGAAGUCAACGGGAAGCUCCUCUCCAACUUCCUCGCGGCACUCACGAUCGCCGAUAUUCACCCCAAACGUAUCAUCCUCCAAACCGGUGCAAAGCAUUACGGAUACCAUUUGGGUCCCGCCAAAUGUCCCAGCCACGAGACCGACUCUCGCGUUGAUAUCGAACCCAACUUCUACUACACUCAGGAAGACAUCCUCGAGAAAUGGUGCAACGAGAACAACUGCACCUGGUCCGUCGCUCGUCCCUCCUUCAUCCUCGGCUCAGUUCAGGGAAACGCAAUGAAUGUGGCCAUCCCCCUCGGAAUCUACGCCGCUGUCCAAAAAGCCCUGGGUCGCAACCUUCAUUUCCCGGGUGAUAUUAGAGCGUGGGAUACUAUCCAAGACCAAAGUUCCGCUUACCUUAACGCGUACUUCGAGGAAUGGUGCGCCUUGAGUGAGAGUUGCGACAAUGAGUCGUUCAACUUGACGGAUGGCUCUCCGUUUUCCUAUGGUAAGUUCUGGCCAAAGUUGGCGGAGAGGUAUGGGUUAGAGUAUACGAAGCCGAGUGAGAAGGGGGUCUACCAGAAGGUGGAUAUGCCCUAUGAUCCGCCGCCGAGAGGAUUCGGUCCCCCUGGUGUCGCGAAAAUGUCAUUCACGCUCGCUCAGUGGGCCCGCGCUCCGGAAGUCCAAGAAGCGUUCAACAAACUUGCCAAGGAACAAGGAUUGGAUACGUGGGCCAUGAAAGAGGAGAACAUUGAUGCGGUCUUUUCGUUCACUGAUUAUGCUAUUUGCUGGUCUUGGCCUUUGAUGUUGAGUAUGGAUAAGGCGAGGAAGUAUGGCUUCUUUGGGUUUGUUGACAGCUACGAUUCGUAUCUGGCGACAUUCGAAGAGGCGGCGGAGAUGAAGUUGAUUCCGAAAGUUUAA